AUGGAAGCUAAGGGAAUGGAAGAACUGAUUAAGCUAGCUUUCCUCCACGUCGAUGUGAUUGGACCACAUGUGCACGAAGGACACUAUGACCUCGUCGGCCCUGAUGGCGAGAUCAUAUUGCCACAGGUGUGGGAAACUAUGAUACAGCCUGGCUGGGCUGUCACAAUGCAUAUGUGGCCCAUGCCCGAACCUACACCUCCGCCAGAGCCGCCCAAGAAAAAGUCACCAUAUGUUCAGAGCGAUCCGACCAACCAAUCAUGGGCAAGGACCAGCCGCACGUCCACACCAGAAGAGAAGGUCGUGAAAGAAUGA